GGAACCCCUGCACCUCGCACAGAGAGCUCAUCACCAUGACAGACGGCUACUUGUGGUUUGAAGGGAUACCUUUCUCUGUGGUUGGUUUUAGUUCUGAAGUUUUGAAAGAAGCAUGUGCUCAGUUUGUGAUAAAGGAUGAAGACACAGUAUUGGUGACCUACCCCAAAUCAGGAACCAACUGGAUGAUUGAAAUUCUCUGCCUGAUUCACUCCCAUGGUGAUACCAAGUGGAUUCGAUCUGUGCCCACCUGGGAUCGCUCACCCUGGAUAGAGACAGAUAUGGGUUACAAUCUUUUAAAUGAGAGAGAGGGCCCAAGGCUCAUGUCCUCUCACCUCCCCUUCCAUCUCUUCCCCAAGUCUCUAUUCACUUCCAAGGCCAAGGUGAUAUAUGUCAUGAGAAAUCCCAAAGAUGUUCUUGUGUCAGGUUAUUAUCAUCGGACUAUGAUGAAACUAUGUAAGCAACCAGAGUCACUGGAACAGUAUUUUCAAUGGUUCAUCCAAGGAAACGUGCCCUAUGGAUCAUGGUUYGAGCACAUUCGUGGCUGGAUGUCCAUGAGACACAGGGAGAACGUCCUGCUGCUGAGUUAUGAAGAGCUGCAGAAGGACCCAAGAAGCACCAUAGAGAGGAUCUGUCAGUUCCUGGGAAAGAAGUUGACUCCAGAAGAACUG